AUGGCAUCACUAGUACCCUAUAUUUCAAAAAGAGGCGUUCGUUCUUUGAAUUCUUUCUACUUCAAAGCUCCAUAUUUCUUUUUCAAGAAAGGAUCCAAGGGACAGCGUAAAAUAGGUCCUGUUUACGAAGAAAAAAAAGAUUGGCCAGGACAAAAAAGGGAAUUUCCGGAACUUUCUCCUAAAUUUAUGAAGCUCAAUCCGGAGGAAUUACACAAUUAUACUGGAGUUCAACCUGUUGGAUAUCAUGAUGAAAAAACGGGUAAAUUUGUUAUUGUAAAAGAAAUGGUUCCAGAAUUAGUUGUACCAGAUCUAUCUAAAUUCAAAUUGAAACCUUACGUUUCAUAUCGAACUGAUACUGAAAUAGAAAAACGGAAGAAAAGUUUCCUUGAUAAAGUCAAAAAAUUGGGUAGUGUAGAAUUAGCUGAUAUGAAAUCUAAUGAAGAUGAAAGAUGGCCACCACCACCAAUGAAACCAAAAACAUUAUUUGAUUUAUUCUAUGCCGAUACAAUAAAAAAAGACUUUUUAUCGAGAAAAACUGAAUCAAAAGACUUAAAUAAAUAA